AUGGCGGAAGAAGUGUUUUCUUCCUUUCAUCCAAAAUUUUAUUGUAUAAAAACGUCGUAUGUAGGAUUAUUACUGACGUUUUGUGUAUUUCAUUGUGUAGUAUUUACGACUGUAUAUAGUGUUUAUGACUGUAACAAAAACGGUUGUGAGAACGGACAGUGUGUAAACAACACUUGUAAAUGCGAUGGAGGUUGGUCUGGCAAGUCUUGCGAGAAAUGUCACGGAAGAGCAAGCGUGUUGUCAGACAGCGGGUUAAUCAUGGAUGGUGUCGGCAACUAUUCCCUGGACACCAAGUGUAGCUGGUUGAUCAAAACGGGACAGCCGAACAUGACUUUGCGUCUGAAGUUCAACCAGUUUGCAACCGAGUGUGGCUGGGACCAUCUCUACAUCCAUGAUGGGGAUUCAGCCUUUUCACCGCUGCUUGCCGCAUACAGUGGUCUACUGAUAUCGGAAGACAAGGUUGGUGUUGAUGUAGAUUUCUUCGCCACGAUACAUCAGCCGUAUAUCUACGUCCAUUUCUACAGUGACGCCGCGUACACCAUGUCGGGCUUCAACAUUUCGUUCAGUAUUGGCGACUGUCCACUGGGCUGCUCGGAACAUGGUACGUGUGAAUCGGGAAAGUGUUUGUGCCAUUCCAACUGGACGGGUUCGGGCUGUGAGACAGAAGUGUGUCCUGACAGCUGUAAUGGAGGAUCGUGUGACACAGCGACUGGCAAGUGUGUCUGUCCGGAUGGGAAAAGAGGUCCAGACUGUAGUUUGUCUGGGGGAGUUGGUGUUUGGGAGAUAAUACAGACAGACUCGCCCCCAGCCGGAAGAGCUUCCCAUGCCACCGUUGUCAACGGCAACACUAUGUGGCUGUUGGGAGGUUUCAGUCUGUCAUCGUACAGCUAUCAUGAUCUCUACAGGUAUCAAAUGGACACGCAAGUGUGGACCCAGGAGAUGCCCAGUGGUGAAGUUCCUAUUCAGAGAUAUGGACACGCCGUUGUUUACCACGAGAACAAGUUGUACAUGUUUGGGGGAGUGGUGGAUGGGAAUCCAACAAACGAGACGUGGAUGUACAACAUACCUGCUAAGACGUGGAGGAGACUGGCGGCCUCUUCUAUACAGGUGAGAGGCCACAGCGCCCACUACUACGACGGCAACAUCCACGUCAUAUUCGGCUACAGUCCCGUGUUUGGUUACCUCAACAUUGUACAGCUCUACAACAUUGCGAAUGACUCGUGGUCGGUGGCCGAGACGACUGGCGCCACGGUUCACGGGGGUUACGGCCACAGCAAUGUGUUUGACGACCAGCGGAACCUUGUCUAUGUGUUUGGGGGGUACCACUCGGGAAGUCAGUCCAGCUACAACCUCACCGACGUCCUGUACUCAUACAGUCCAAGGCUCGUGAAGUGGACGAUACUGCGUAGCAGUGGAUCUCCGCGCUACCUGCACGGUGCCGUGAUCCUGGGUGACGUGAUGCUGGUGUUCGGGGGGAACACACACAAUGACACGUCCGUCAGCUUCGGGGCCAAGUGCUACUCCACUGACUUCCUUGCGUACGACAUAAAAUGUAAUUCCUGGCAGUUUCUCCCACCUCCUGGGCUGGUAAAAGAUCUGUCAAGAUACGGUCACAGCAUGGUGAAGUUCAACAAUGAGGUUGUGAUGUUUGGAGGUUUCCACGGUGUCAUGCUCAAUGAUGUUGUGAGAUAUAUUCCAGGAAACUGCUCAUACCUUGCGAACAAGAGUUUGUGUGAGAGCAACCUUCCCGGAGUGAAGUGUGUCUGGUCUGGUGCCAGCUGUAAGGAGAGAGAUUCGUCCUAUAUAGAAUCCUGUGAUCCUAGUCUUGGCUCUGACAUAUACUGUAGCAGGUUUUCUACAUGUCCUUCCUGCCACUCUAACCCGUUCAACUGUCACUGGUGUCACGACAAGUGUUCCAACAAGUCCUGUGUCUUAAAGAGUGGUAUGUUCACUAACUGCACGGACCUGGGCUGUGAGCUGCUGCACUCCUGCCAGGCCUGCAUCAGCGCACGGUGCAUCUGGGACCGCACCAGCUGCAACUACCCUACACAGAUUAUGCCAGCCAAUCUAGGUCAGAUAGAGGGCACUUCCCCGGCGGUGUACUCGGCGAGGUGUGAGGCCCCGUGUUCCGUGUACGCGUCGUGUGAGAACUGCACGCGUAAGAACUGUAUGUGGUGCAGCAACAUGCAACAGUGUGUGGAGACCAACUCCUACGUGGCCUCCUACCCGUACGGGCAGUGCACGGAGUGGACCACCAAGGAGGUCAAGUGUCCCGCGACUCGUUGCUCAGGUCUGUACUCGUGUAAGGCAUGCCAGGCUCAUCCGAUGUGUGGCUGGUGUAACGAUGCCGGGGACACGGGACUCGGCAAGUGCAUUGAAGGGGCCAACCAGGGACCCGUCACAAGAAAUGGGACCAAGCACUUCGUGGACAUGGCCAAGUGUCCUGCAGAAAGAUGGUUCUUCCUCAAGUGUCCAUUGUGUCAGUGUAAUGGACACAGUGUGUGUCUCAAUGGAACAAGUAUUUGCCAAGACUGUAAACAUCUUACUGAAGGACACAAUUGUGAAUUCUGUCAAGAUGGCUACUACGGUAAUCCACGGAAUGGUGGAAAUUGUUCAGCGUGUGCGUGUAACGGCCAAGCUGAUACUUGUGACCGGGAGUCAGGAGGCUGCUUCUGUAAAACCCGUGGAGUCACAGGACACAAGUGUGACAAGUGUGAUGAUAUUCACAAGUAUUACGGUGACCCCAAGUCUGGCGGAACGUGUUAUUACCAGCUUGUGACAGAUUACCAAUUCACUUUCAACCUGUCAAAAACUGAGGAUAAAUUUUACACUCGGAUCAACUUCAUGAAUGUACCAAAGUCGGGAGACCGAGAUGUUGAUUUCACAUUGAACUGUUCUGGUGCAGCUCUACUGAAUAUCACUUUUAAAUCAAAAUCUCACCCACAAGAAAGGUUUGUAGUUCAGUCGGACGCGUGUGACUAUUUCCGGUCAAAGUUCGAACACAAAAACUACGCUUUUGCCGGAGAGCAGAACACAACAUUCCUUGUAUAUGUUUAUGAAUUCCAGACUCCAUUUUGGCUUCAGAUCUCAUUUUCUCAGUUUCCAAAGAUUGAUCUUGUUCAUUUCUUCGUCACAUUCUUCAGUUGUUUCCUGUCUUUACUACUGAUAGCAGCUGCACUGUGGAAAAUCAAACAUAAAUACGACAGCUAUAGACGGCGCCAGCUGAUGUUAGUUGAGAUGCAGCAGAUGGCGAGUCGGCCGUUUUCCGCAGUGUGUGUUGAGAUAGAUAACAAACUUGACAAACCCGCGGCCGACAAGAAAGACCAGAAAGACCUGCCUGUCAUUCGAAGGAGAAAAAAUAUGUACAACAAGCCAGGCGCUAUUUGCCUGGAGCCGCUGCACGGCAACAAGGCAGCCAUACUUACACUGUUGAUACAGCUGCCCACCGGUGAGGGUCCAUUCGCGCCCAACGGCCAGUCGGGUAUCGCGCUCGGCAGCUCCAUGGUCACGUUCGGAGGCAACACUCGUAAACAGAGCAUAGAGCAUGUUAAAGGGGAGAAAUCCAGACUUCGUAAACAUUUACCUGCAGUGAUACAACACACUCCAGCAGACCACACCAGCGUCUAGUUAACCCCUUGUACACUACAGACUAGUUAAUCCUUUCUACCCUACAGACUAGUUAAUCCUUUUUUUUACCAUGCAAACAGUUAACUAUUUUUGCCCAACAGACUAGUUAACCCUUUCUACCCUAAAGACUAGUUAAGCUGUUUUAUUCUACAGACAAGUUAACCCUUUUUGCCCUACAGAUUAGUGCUGCUUCACUCCAUUACUUGUAUAAUAUUUGUGAAAACAUGGAGAUGAAACCACAACUGAUGUACCAAUCAUGAUCUUAAUUCGGUUUUUCUGCAUAUAUAUUAUGUAUUUUAUACUGAUAUUUCAAACUACACAGUAUUUUAGUAGCAAUUGUUGGGAGUUAACCUUUCUAUUUUAAAAUUAAUUAAUAGUAUUUUGGUUAAAUGUAUUCUAAUUUUACAGUAACAUAUAUCCCCCAGAUCCUGUCUCAUUAGAAAUGUAUUGAUGGAAAGAACAUGAAUAGUAACAGCAAAUAUGCUAAUUUUGUUACCCUAAAGCAUUCAUUUCAAUGAAAAAUGUUAAAAACUCAAAAAUAUUGUUUAAUAUAUAUUUAUACAUAUGAAGGGUCCACAGGAAUAACCUAUGAUGUCCAAACUGAUAGUCAGUAUUAUAACAGUUGUGUAUGUCAGGGUCACAAUAGCACACUAAAUUAUAAACCUAUAAUUGUGGUAGGCCAUUAAAAGUAGUUGCUAAAUUUUGUUUUCUUAGGCAUAAAUAUCCAACGAUUGUAAACAUUAAAUAAAAAUAUAUCACCUUUCUAAAAUGUGACAUCACAGAUUAUUCCUGUGGACUCUAUAUGUAUACAGUAGAAUCUCGUUGAGUCAAACUUGGAAGGGUUGAAUACACCGCAACGCUCGAACCAAAAACAAAGUCCCGAAUUACACUUACACGUUGUUGACCGAAUGGAUAGGUCGAACUACCCAAUGGGUUGAACAAUUUCUCGAGCACCGACAGGGUCCAAGCUAACGGGAUUCAACUGUAUAUAUAUAUAUAUAUAUCAUGGUGGUUAGCUUUGAUAGUUUCUGCUAUACAUGAAUUAAUGUAAAAUGGUGUACAGUUAUACACAUAUAUAUAACAGAUUGUCUAAGAAUGUUUAACUGUAAAAUACAGCAUUUCAUAAAAUGUCGUUUUUUUUCAUUUUAAAUAGUAGACCAAUUUUGUAAAUGUUUACUAGUUCUAAAUGAAACAACACCAUGUACAGGUGUAAACUUAUAUUUGUAUAUUUUUGUCAUGUAUUGUUUAUAUAGUGAAACCCCACCCAAUGACCACCCCGCUUCUAAGACCACCCUACUAUAAAGACCAAUAUUUUAAGGACCGGGAUAUUUUAUAGUAAAAAUACUUUGGUAUUAAGACUACCCUACUGUUACGUAUUACGACCAGUGAAGUCGGACCCAAUGGUUGUUUUCAGUACAUUUUGACCCCACAAGUGACCUGAGCAUUUACCUGUUAUGUCACACAGAUGUCGAGCAAAUAACGUGGUGAUAUCUUGCCCAGUUGUCCUGGCAAAUGGUGUUAAAGUUUAUUUUAUCAAUUAAUUUAAUUAUAUAGUCUUAUCUUUAUUUAGCUGGAAAAACAAAGUAUUACUUUCAUACUAGCACAAUUGGCAUUUCAUGGUUAAUUUCUGGAAUGUACGGUGCACAGUUUUUUUAAUGUAUAACUUGCACACAAUAAUGUUAAAAAGUAACAGUUACACAGAGUAACAUGUUAUUUAUGAAACGGAUGCAACAAUUAACAGCAAUCAGUCAUGUGAACCAGAAAUCACUCUCCUCUUCUUUUUUUUAUUACCUUUCAGGCAGUGGAAACCCUGUAAAUAUCAAGAGGGUGUCAUUUGUCCAGCCAAUUAAUUGAGACAUUGCUGGCGACAACUGGGAAAGAGGGUGGGAUGUAAAAUACACAAUUUAUAUUUAUCAAAUGAUCAUCAUCCUGUAUAUUGUUAAUUCGGUAUUAGGACCACCCCACUAUUAAGACCAGUUUGAAGUCCCACCGAUGGUAGCAAUAGAAGAGUUUCACUGUAAUGUAAUGCGUACUAUAUAUUGCUUUUUUAUAAGCCAAAUAUUUGUAUGGUUUACUUUGUCUGUACAUAGUCGGUCAACUACAUCUUAGCCAGCCAAGGCCACCAUUCCACACCUAAAUGUUUUUUACCAUAAGAUAAAUGUUAAAACUGGCCUCAUGACAGCCAUAAAAAUGUUUGAAAAACAUUUGAAUGGUCAUUUGACACCCUUUUGUAAUAAUAGGGGUUUAUCAUGGACCAGGAGAUAAUUUUACCUGCCAUCCUGUCGGACUGGUCAUUAGACACCCUUUGUAAUAAUAGGGGUUUAUCAUGGACCAGGAGAUAAUUUUACCUGCCAUCCUGUCGGACUGGUAAUUAUUUUGUGUUUAUACUUUAUGGUGAUGUUUAGUCCGGCAGGCUUUGAUUCAGUCGGGAAGAAUUUGUAGCUUACCAGAUUGAAUUUCAGUCACUUUUGAACCCUGAUAACUUACUUGGAAUAUACAUCUGUAAAGUUGGGUAUGGAAUGGUGGUGUUAGUCAAUGAUUAAAUUUCUGUUCAUUACAAUUUAACAUCAUCCCUUUGGUCCAGCCAUAGGAAUGCAAGUUUAUUGAUUUCUCGAUGAACAUAAAAAUACUGUUUUCAGGGAACGUCAUAUCUUUAUAUUGGUACUUCAGUGAUUAAAUCCCCAAAAAUUAUUUAAAAUCAGAUAUGAACUUCUGGUGUUAUGGUAUGUUUCAGAUUUAAUUAUAAGGCUUGUGUGUUAUUUCUUUUACGUUCAUCUGGGUAUGAACAAAACAAAUAAUCCACAAACCUAUGUGCGAACCACAGUUUUUUGUUGUUCAUACCUGAUAAAUGUAAAAGAAAUAACGGUCAAUCCUUAAUUAAAUGUGAAAACACUGGUAUUCAUUACUUAUUUUUCUACUUUGACUGCUUUUUGGGGUUUUUUGCUCUUAAUCUUUCUGUUUCUAUUUGUCCUGGUUUAUACAAGAUGAAUAUAGUAUUUGUAUCGGCUGUGAUGAUACAUAAGUACUGCCAGCCGUCUUUAUAAUGAUUCUACUGCACAGUAGAAGAUUUUUGAAACAUCAAAGGGUGGCGUGUUGUAUGAUAAUGGGAUAGUGGUUAGUGAGAAAGAAGAGGGUUCUUAAGGGCUCAGUGGGUAGAUGUAAGGCCAGCCACUACAGCCUUACAUCUACCCAUUGAGCCCUUAAGAACUUGCUCUGGGUUGGAGCCGGUACCGGGCUGCAAACCCUAUACCUAGCAGCAGUAUGCUGAUGGCUUAACCACUGUGCCACCAAGGCUGGUUGAUAAUACAAGCUUAUUAACAGACAAUAAUGAUCAACUGUGCAGUAGACGCUGGUUGAAACAUCAAAGGGUAUGGUAAUAUUCAGUAUGGCAAUACAGGCUUAUUAACAGACAAUAAUGAUCAACUGUGCAGUAGACGCUGGUUGAAACAUCAAAGGGUAUGGUAAUAUUCAGUAUGGCAAUACAGGCUUAUUAACAGACAAUAAUGUUUGGUUUUGGGGGUGGGGGUGGGGGUUAACAAGUAGUUUUCCCCAUUAACAUCACAUUUUUCUUUUGUGGUACCUUUAAUGUUGUGUUUCCCUUUGUCUGCUGUGUUGAGAUUUAAAAUAUCAUUGUAAAAUAUAUUUGUGCAUGGUUUGCCUAAAAAUAUCUUCAUAUAUAAAAGCUGUUGCCCGAACAUUGAUCUCGAUGACAAUAAAUCAAAUUGAAAAUUUUCCAAAUUUAAUGAAAUAAAGUAUCAAAAUAGUAGGACUUACAAAGGGGUUGACUGUUGUAGUGUGUGUAUUGGUUGUUAUUAUAAGCACAAUAGUGAUAACGGUCGUAUUUAUUACAUGACACUUUAGAAAAUACUAACACAUAUCGGUGAUAUCAACCACAAGUGAAUAUAACAGCCUUUUGUCUAUUACAAAAUGUUGUGUUCAUUGCAUGUUGUUCCACGUCCACAUGUUUAUUAACUCUGUUUUUAUUUCUGAAUUUGUAAAUUUGUAAACUAGUGUACUAGUGCUGUGAGUUGUAAUAUUCAUUAGCCACUGGUUCAGUAGACAUAAAGUAAACUUUCUCAGAUUAAUAGUAAAUUGACUAAAAUUAUAUAAUAAAUAAACAAUGCAAAUAUGAUUGAUAUCUUAUGAUAUUACCCAUAGGGUUAUUUCUCGUUCCAGCCAGUGCACCAUGACUGGUAUGUGCUAUCCUGUCUGUGGGAUGGUGCAUAUAAAAGAUCCCUUGCUACUAAUGGAAAAAUGUAACAGGUUUAUUCUCUAAGACUAUGUCAAAAUUACCAAAACAGCUUUUGAUUAAUAAAUCUAGUGCUCUAGUGGUGUUGUUACACAAAACAACUUUAAAAUGUAACUCAUGAUGUAGUUUAUCAAUAUCACAUUAGUCCCAUUAGUACAACAUAUGUGAUAUGAUUGUAGACUUUAGUCGGUGAGUUAAAAGUUAAAGUUUUGUUUUGUUUAUUGACACCACUAGAGCACAUUGAUUUACUAACAGACAGGAUAGCUCAUACCACGGCCUUUGAUAUAGCAUUCGUGGUGCACUGGUUGAGACGGGGGCAGGGGGGACCCAAUAAGUGAAUGGGUUCACCAAGGCAGUUUCGAUCCGAUGACACAAGCACCUCAGACGGGUGCUCUAUCAACUGAGCUAGAUCCCGAGGUUAUUGAUCGUAAGAGAAAACAUAAAACAGCCUCUAUGUAUUAAUAUGCUGUAUAUAGCCUCCAUUUGUAUUGAUGUUUAUCAACUGAGCUAGAUCCCGAGGUUAUUGAUCAUAAGAGAAAACAUAAAACAGCCUCUAUGUAUUAAUAUGCUGUAUAUAGCCUCCAUUUGUAUUGAUGUUUAUCAACUGAGCUAGAUCCCGAGGUUAUGGAUCGUAAGAGAAAACAUAAAACAGCCUCUAUGUAUUAAUAUGCUGUAUAUAGCCUCCAUUUGUAUUGAUGUUUGAAUCCAUGACAUCCCUGAUAUACUAGACUUGUUAACUCAUCUCUUCUUUUUUCUUUCCUUUUCUUGUUUCUCUCUUUUUUUCUUUUUUUCUUUUUUUAUUUCCGAUAUGAACCUAUUAAGACUGAUAUGAGUCCAUUAUUUUUUUUGUGUGUGUUUCAUUCAUUGUACAGAUUAAACGAAGAUAACUUGAAAUUGUAAAAAUGUCAUGCCUGUGUUUAUUAAUGGUGUACCAGUGAAAGUAAUUUAGAAUCUGUAGCAGUAUAAGAGUUCUACUAAGUGUAUAUUAAUUUCAAGACAUUUAUUGUAUAUAUUUAUGCAGUGAUUUGUAUAUACCUGUACCUGUAUAUAAUGAAAAUCGUAUGAAACUAAAUCCAUUUUUUAUUACCUGUACAUAAUCAUGAAUUGUGAUUAUUUAAUGACAUAAACAAAAAUUAACUGUGACAGUAAUUAUGAUAUAGUUUUCCCCCUGGAGAUUUCGUUGUACAUGUAAAUAGGUUAUUAUAAUAAUGUUCUUUAGUUCCACAUGUUCAUUUCGACUAUUUCCAAAUACGGUUUAUUAGUGUUAGUAGACACACAUGUUGUACAUGUUGGUUGAUUCUUAACUAGUAGGUUAUGAACAAAUGUUUACAAUAAUCUCAGUAUGUUUGACCUACUUGUGCCUUCCAUAUAUGUUUACACUAAAACAAAAUCACAGAGUUUAAGACUGUUAUAAUAUUUGUUUUCAGAAUACCUUGAGAGAUGGUUGUUGGUAAUUUUGUGUAGAGUACCAAGUAUUUUUACUGAAGAAAUUGUUGUCACCAUCCAUUACUCUAUUGCUCAUGUGAUUUCAUUAACUAGUAAUUGUAAUUUGAGUGAAAACAAUUGUAUGAGUCUCACUCUGAUACACCAGGGCCCUGUUUCACGAAGCAAUUGAAUGAGCCUCACUCUGAUACACCAGGGCCCCGUUUCACGAAGCAAUUGAAUGAGCCUCACUCUGAUACACCAGGGCCCCGUUUCACGAAGCAAUUGAAUGAGCCUCACUCUGAUACACCAGGGCCCCGUUUCAUGAAGCAAUUGAAUGAGCCUCACUCUGAUACACCAGGGCCCCGUUUCACGAAGCAAUUGAAUGAGCCUCACUCUGAUACACCAGGGCCCUGUUUCACGAAGCAAUUGUAUGAGCCUCACUCUGAUACACCAGGGCCCCGUUUCACGAAGCACUCUGAGCGCUAAGAUCUUCUCAUGCAAAGAUUGCUUCGUAGUCUAAAUGAAUGUCAACUGAAUUACUACAGUUCAUGAGUACUUGUUAGAAAGACCCUAGCAAAAACAAAAUAUGCAUUGAAAAAAGUCUCCAUGGCUUAAACCACAGCAGUUUUGCUAUUAUUAUGUCAGCAUUACGAAAAAAAGAAGUAAAAAGAAAAAUUACAAAGAAAAUUGAAACUUUGAUGAUAGAAUAAACGCUGUGUAAAAUUGAAAACAUUGCAGCAGUCUGCAUGGCAUUGCUGAUUGCCGUGGUUAAUUAGUAGGCCCCAGAUUUUUAAGGUAACUUAGCACUAUGAUAUUGUAAAAAUGUCAGUGAUGUCAUAGUUUACAACGGUUUUACAAGAUCGUAGAGCUAAGAUAGCUUCACAAAUCUGUAGUCAGGGUUGCAUUAAAUACCAUUUAUCUCACAACCAGUUAUUUUGAAAUGUAAACAUCAUGUUGGAUGCAUUUUAAACGAGUUGUAAGAUUGUCACAGGUAUGAUUAAAACACCUGUGGUUAAGAUGUAGGUAGCAUUAUGUGUUAUAGACCACAAGGAAUAUGCUAUUUUAAUAAAUUUAUUAUCAAAAUUA